CGUUACCGGCUGCCGGUUGUUCAGUCGUGUAGCAGCGCGCAACUAUGUGUAGUGAACUUGGAAAACAUCAAGAUACGCUGAACGACUUUGUACGAAAGCGUGAAAUUGCAAAAUAAGCAUUUAAUACAAUAUCCAAGCAAUGAAAUUAAUCAGACAACAACAAAAGUUUAUAUUGAAUUGUGACAAACUGCCAUCUUCAAGUGAUAUAUUUAUAUUACAUUUAUUUUAAAUGGUCUCUAAUAGGAUUUGAAAGUGAGAAAGUUUGUACAAAGUUUCUGUGCUAAAAUAUUGCUGUAUUAAAAUAAGUUCAAGUGCAAUUUAAACAAUCCUUCACCCCAAAAUCACACCAAUUCCGUUACGACCCGAGCAGGUCCAAACAGGAACACAAAAUUUGGAUUUAAAUGGAUACCGCUAAAAAAACAGGAAGGAAACAUAGCACAAUGACAUCGGCAAUGUUUUUCAUUGCUGUGGUGCUGUCUUUAGUUAAAGAAUCUAUGGCUCUACCAAGUGGACACUUUCCAGACAGCAAUUUCCUAGAGGAAGAUAGAUAUUCACCAGGAUUUCUCACACUAGGACAAAAGUACAGUAUAGCGAUUGGUUCUACAGUAGUGUUGCCGUGUAAAAUUAAUGAAACAGAAAACUCUAGUCAAUAUGUGCUGGCAUGGAAACGCGACAUUGCCGUACUAACGGCUGGAAAUGUGAAGGUUACCGUUAAUCCGAGAAUUCGCUUAAUGCCAGUGCAAGCGCAUACUGAUCCACAUGGAUCGUUGUCAACCGGGUACAACUUAGAAAUCCGAGACGUGCGCAAUUCGGAUGCUGGGGACUACAUUUGUCAGAUUGGUUCGAUGGAACCGAAAGAAAUUGUACAUACACUUGAAAUUUUAGUACCUCCAAAAAUAGACUACAUUUCACCAUCGAACAAAAUGGACAUUCACAAAGGAGCACCGAUACGCAUGGAAUGUCGAGCAUCCGGCAAUCCGACUCCAAAAAUUGUGUGGUCCAGAAAGAAUAACAUGAUGCCAAAUGGAGAGGCAAACAAGACGGGCAACGUACUCGACAUACUACAUGCUAACCGACACAGCAGUGGUCAUUACAAAUGUACUGCAGAUAAUCGUGUCGGUCAACCUGAUACCAGAGAGGUUUUCGUAAAUGUUUUAUAUCCUCCAGAAAUUGAAGUGGAACAACCAACUGUGCAUAGUGGAAUCGGUCACGAGGCUCAGCUGGUGUGUAUCGUUCAUGGAGAGCCUACGCCAAGUGUGGUCUGGUAUCAAGACACUACUCAACUCGGAAUAACAGAGCAGUUCUCACAACAGAAUCGGGGCAACAAGUACAGUCUCGUUAUUCGUAAUGUUACAUACUCAGAUAUUGGGAACUACACUUGUCAGGCAUCGAACGCUCUUGGCAAAGACCGUGGCACGCUGUCCCUCAGCGGAUUGCCAACGCUAUGUUACUUUGACUCGCCAACACUCAGCAGCUAUCGAGAUCAGUACAACAUCUCCUGGACUGUACAAAGCUACUCGCCAAUCCGUGAAUAUCGUCUGUUCUUCCGGCUUGCCUCGAAAAGCAUGCAUCUUUUGCACCACGAGAACCCCCUUGACAAUCACAUCUACAGUGAUCGACCGGCAACAAACAGCCACCUGUACAGCAGUCCAUUCAGCGGCAGCGUCAGUGCCCACGGUGGCGACCAGUGGGAAAACGUUAUCAUACCGGAGAUGAAUGAUUACGGUGCACCCAAUCACUUCUACAAUAUGGUGCCUCCGUACGCCACGUACCAACCCACUAUUCGGCAUCGGAUGAGCUUUCAGCUGAAGAAUCUCAAACCAGCUAGCAACUAUGAAGCACGGGUACAGGCGCGGAACGAUCAUGGUUGGAACAAGCUGUCGAGUAUAUUUCACUUCUCCACUCGUUCGGAAGAUAUGGAACUGGAGCCAUCCGCACAACCUGCCGUCCACGGUGCUGGGCUGCUAGAUAAGGGACUGCUGAGCAGCAGCGAUGCUAGUACGAUCACAGGCACUCAUUUCCAUAAAUCAUGGACACUUUCCAUUUUCAUCGUAUUAAUUACCACACACCUACUGCCGUCGUUGUAUCACGCUGCCUUAUCGGUGGUAUGAUUUGCGUAUCUUCCACUUUCCAUUCCAAUGAAUCAUUGAAAACUCGCUACAUGGAUUCGCAUGUACGCUGAGCAUCGUCACUUCCGUUUCGCCGUACUACUACACCGUCGGAGCCACCAAAAAUCCACCGAAUUUCCUCACCGGGGCACUGUGUGUUAUGGAACCGCAGGUAUGGAAACAUAUUAUCAACAGCAACCACUAAUUUAUGGGCAACAGAAUAUUCAAGCAUGCAAUCGACGAUACUCAAUUUCAAUUUGCCAUUAAUCUAGUAAAUUAAGUUCAGUUCAUACACAGCACGUACUCCCAGACCUUAUCAUGAGUUAUGGACAAAUGAGACAGUUGUUUCGAUUACGAUGUCAACAAAAUUGCAUACUAAGAAGUUUAAGGCACAACCAUUUGGUGCUCUUACAAUAAUGUUUCAUAUAUUUCGGAACAGAAUGAGCGCCGCCAUUAUGUUCGCUGUUUUUUUUGUUGGUUUAUUUGAUCAUUGUUCCACUGCCGUGUUUAUCGAUACAAUCACCAUCAAACAUAGAUGCUUACUUCAAUUGACAAGGAAUUUUUAUAUUUCUAAAAUGAAACACAAUAGAUUUUCAUAUGCAGCUAGGUAAAUGAUGUAGAUAAUUACUUUUGCCAUGAAAAUAACUACCCAAUAUUUUGACUAAAGCUUAGUUUAAGGACAUAAAGAAACGAACAACGCUCUAGCUGAAGCCACAAAAAUUAAUUACAACAAAUGGCAAUAGUAUGGAAGUGCUUGACAUGGUUAGUGUAAUAUAUUAAAUGCAUUUACAAUAAGGGUCACUACGAAACUGUGCGGCUAGAGAAAAUGGGAAAAUAUACGAACGCGAUACCAAAGAGUUAACGUUCCAGCUUAUAACAAUCUUCCCUCAAAUCUUGUAAGUGUAUUAAACAGAAUUGAUCCUAAAGUAUUUUAUGCUCGUCAGCUUGAUAAUGUACAUUUAUCAUUCGUCACAUCACUUCCAUUACACGCUAGAACCACUGUCUUUACCAAUCAUGAAAACAAACUUUAAUGAUGUUACAUAUACCAUUGGAAACACAGAUACUUUCAAAGACGUGUAGUUAGCCGACCUCGUCAUACCAAUGUGCGACGUAACAACAUACCCUUUUUGUGGGUUCAAAUCAGGAAAGGAAACCGAAUACUGAUAUUCCUGACCACUGACCACCCUGUUAUCAGAAGGUAAGCACAUAUGGCUAAGAUCAGGCCUAGAUCAAAGACGGUUGUUGCACCAAACACAAGAUACAGAAAUACAAUUGACAUAAUCAUUUUAUUAUCCUGAAAUAAUCCAGCUAGAAGAUAGAACUUCAUAUACAAAAACUCAAACCUUCAGAAACAUGUGUAAAUAGAGCUUUUUGCAACGUAUAUUCCUUCCAUGUUACAGUUGCAAUCAAGGUAACUGCACUGAAACUGUCAGCCCAAACACAAGAUUCUACAAUCUUUACAGCAACUGAAAAUAACCGACUAUUGCAUCAUCAUACGCACAAAAGACGAUAUGUGAGAUAGCAAUUUCGUUCUCAUGUAAAAAUAAUUUAUGUUAUGGGACCACUAAGGAGAGAUCAAUUACAGCUAUCACAAAGGAUAGGUAAAGCUAUGCAACAAAAUAAGAGCGAACAAAAGCAAAACAAAUCAAAACCAUGUUAACAUUCCAGCAAAAAUAAUGCAUAUUUACUCUAACAAAGAAAAUAAUGAAACAAAAAUCUGAUAAACAAUUUUGAGAACAUUGCUGUAUUUAUUUUAUUAUGUUUUAGAUUCAAACAAUAAAGACGCAAAGAUAGCAUUGACACAGAAUAAAAUACAACUCGCCUAAGUAGUAUGUUAGCAAAUAUUCCUUUUGAUUUGUGUUUGACUGCAACUUUUCAAGAUUUGAGCUUAUACAUAUUUAAUUACCAAACAUAUUGCCGAACAAAAAUUUGAAAAACAUGCAGUUUUUUCUAACCAGAAAAACAAAAAACUUCCAUUAAACUUUGUUUUUCAAGCUGUGUGCCUGGCGUAUGCUAUACAGUACGUUUUGAAGAAUUUAUUCAACUCUUAUGAGAGUUGCAUACUACAUAGCUUAACAUCACGCCCCAAUCUGGAGUAGAUUAUAACUUGGGUCAAGCCGCAGAACCCAGCAUUUUACUGUUCAACAACGAUUCGCUACCGGAUUUCCAGAAUCAACCACUUAACGGCAGUGCAGAAAAUUCCUCUCAAGUCAAGCUUGUUUUCAUCCUGUAUACUUAAUGAUUGACGAGAUGUAUAUUAAACGACGUCUGAAGUAAAACUUUUUGAAAGCGUGCUUUACACGUUUCAUGCUAUAAUCAUUCAAACAAUAUAACCCCAGCAGAACAUUUUUACCCGUUUGUGUAUACACCACUUUGCUGACAUACCGCGAAACUCACCUGACUGCGACGAACGAAAGCUCUUUGUCGAGUUGUUUUUGAACAUUAUCAUAGAUGAAAACGGUAGACUUAUGCGCUUGCACAAGCCGAGCGGCUUCUCCAAAUAUGAGACGUGCCAUAUCAUUUUGAACACAAGCCAAAAGCAUCGUAAGGGUAGUUGUGUGAACAUAAACGAUUGCACAAAUUGUGUAAAAGGCACUGUAAAAAUCUUCUAGUUUUAUAGUAAUAUAAACGUUAUCUGUAUGUGUGCAUGUACAAUUGCAUGCAUACAAAGCACCGAUUGCGCAAAGGAGAAAAAUCUUAAUUUUAUCCCAUUACAUUUGCUGCAUGGAUUCAUUUCAACCAAAAUUAUGAAAUUUCGAAAAAGCUAGAAAUUAUCAUAUCUAAAAAAAUCAGACCUAAAAUAAAAAAGACAAAAGAUCUGGGGUAAGCACAAUGUUAACAUAGAAAAUGAUUAAAGAUGAAACUAUUAUUUAUUUCAUCAUUAUCGGAUGAACAAAACCUUAGUAAUAGAAUCAUUCACGGACGAGCUAUGUAAAACCACAAACGUUAUGUGUCCCAAACAGUACAACAACGAAUAAUUGUACUGAUUGUGAAAGUGUAGUUAUACAAAAGAAGCAUCCAAUUGAUCCAAAGGUACGAUAUACAAUACAGUAACAACGAAAAAAAACUGAAAUACAGUUCAAUGAAAUGAAUCGAAA